UCGGUUUAAGGUUUGAUGACAUUGGAAUGAUUCUUCUUGGUUUUAUUGAGAUCACAUGUUUCGCUUAUGAAUAGUAUAUUAUAUGUCACGAUUUUACCGUUAUGCUACGCUAUUAAUUAAUCAAAGUUUUAAGUCAUCUUUAUAGGUGUAGGUAUCGAGUACAAAACCAGUUUCAUUUUAAAAAUUCAACUUGUGCAUGAAAAGGUAUCAAACAAAUGAUUCUUCUUUGUGUGUAAAAGGAAAAAAAGAGUGUAAAAGAAGAGUUUUGAUUAAACAAGAAGAAAGAUACAAAACAAUAAGAAGAAAACAACAUUAUUAUUCUCUCUUGCAUCUUACUCCCACUCUUAUUCGGAUCUCGAUCUCGACCUCCAUUUCCUUAAAAAAAAAACAAAGAACAAGAUGAUCUUCUUCCUCUUCAUCAUGAUGUUUGGUCUAUCUUCAUUGCAAAUCCAAUCUCAAACCAUCCCAAGAAACAUCAGCAUUUUCAUAUUAGCCGGUCAAAGCAACAUGGCGGGUCGGGGCGGCGUUUAUAACGACACCGCCAAGAACAUCACCGUGUGGGACGGCGUUAUUCCACGGGAAUGUAGAUCAAACCCUUCGAUCCUCCGUCUCACAGCCAAGCUCGAGUGGGAGGAAGCUAACGAGCCACUCCACGCUGAUAUAGACGUUAACAAGACUAAUGGUGUUGGACCGGGGAUGCCAUUUGCUAACCGGGUGGUUAACCGUUUUGGUUAUGUUGGUUUGGUUCCGUGCUCUAUUGGUGGGACUAAACUAAGUCAAUGGCAAAAGGGUGAGUUCUUGUACGAGGAAACGGUGAGGAGAGCUAAAGCUGCGAUGUUGGCUAGUGGAGGUGGCUCGUACGAGGCCGUUUUGUGGUAUCAGGGUGAGUCUGAUACGGUGGAUAUGGUGGAUGCUUCAGUAUAUAAAAACAGACUAGUCCAGUUUUUUAGUGAUCUACGAAAUGAUUUACAACAUCCAAAUCUUCCUAUUAUCCAGGUGGCUCUUGCUACAGGCGCAGGACCAUAUCUUGACGCGGUAAGGAAAGCACAACUGGAGACGGGUCUUGAGAACGUGCAUUGUGUUGACGCAAAGGGCCUACCUCUUGAACCGGACGGCUUGCAUCUGACCACGUCUUCUCAGGUCCGGCUAGGAGAGAUGAUGGUCGAUGCGUUUUUGGCCAUUCCCAAUUCAGCCGAAUUACACUCUGGCUUCUCUGUCCUUGUUCUGUUUUGUCUAUUCUUUUUAUAGUAUUUUUGGACCUACAUUGAACAUUUUUUGGAUA